AUGCAGGUCGCGAAGAAAUCAGGAAUCCAAAUGGACCACGGCAUUGCCAUCAACAGUGGCGCAGCAGCAUCCGUGAAGUUGGGAAUGAGCCCUUACGAGCUAGUGCGAGAGCUGGCGGCGUCGAACGCGGUCGUGGUGUUCAGCAUGAGCGGGUGCUGCAUGUGCACCGUGGCCAAGCAACUUCUCCGCGGCCUCGGUGUCGGGCCCCUAGUCAUUGAGCUCGACCAGCACGCCAACGGUCCUGAAAUCGAGGCCGUCCUAUACGAGGUCUGCCAAGACGGCCAGCAACCGAUUCCGGCGGUCUUCGUCGGGGGAAAGUUCUUGGGAGGCGUGGAAUCCCUCAUGGCCUGCCACAUCAAUGGCAGCCUGGUGCCUCUCCUCAAGGACGCUGGAGCUCUCUGGCUCUGA